GUUGAGUGUACUGCGGAGGGUGAGGCUGAGGGGGAUGGACGGUUGAAGGUAUUGAGGGAGAUGGCGCUGGGUGAGCAUAGAUAAUCAAUCCAUUCCCACGCGCGCAGUAUUAGAUGUCCCGAUCGGGUUAGCGCGCGAGAUGCCAGUGUCAACUCAAAGUUCAUAUCUCGAGAGAGAACAAGGCGACGGACAUGCGCCAUGGCGAUAAUGGGAUCCCUAGUCAGAGGUAAAAGGGGGGUUGACCACGGUUCGCAACCCUGCACGCACUCUACAACCCCCGAGUUCUGAGCGUCUGCUCUUGAUAUGUCCGAACAUCACCAAGUGCUGGACCUCACUCCCACGCCCUUCCACCACACAGGUUCGCCUUACAACGUACCCACAUCCCCUCCUCCGCCUUGGCGCUUCGCCGCUGGUUCGUCGUCGCACCAGAGAUAUUACGGGUAUGCUCAUGGGCCUCAGUUACUUGGUCACGAGAAGCCUCGUCCGAGGUCCAUCGAGGAGGCAGUUGGGGGUUCUCAGUCCCUUCUCCUCCAGGACCAAGAUCAAGAGUCGAUGAGGACGUCGAGUCACCAUGCGCUCUCCUCCUCUUCUAUCGGUCACGGCUAUGACCAGAGGCCGCACUCGCAACAUACCCUCUCCCCUUCUUCCCACCACACAUUGUCCUCAUCCCCCGCUCCAACCGGAUCUGUCGAGUAUCAGAACGGGUCGUCGUACUCGUACGCAGGUGCAGAGUACACCCACCGCUCUAACUCCUGGCACUCCCACUGGGACCCCCGGCCCGACCUCGCACUCCCAGCGCCGCCAAACCAUCCAGUAUCCUGGCUCCCACCGCCCCCGAACUCGUUGUCCUCUCCAGUCGGUUGGAGAUACCAACCCCCGGCGGCCCCACCACCCCCAAACUCCCGUAACGGGGCUGUGAUGGUGGAUCCGGUCCCGCAGGAACCCAUGUUGUUUUCGUAUCAUCGUGGAGGAGGAGGGUACCAGUUACCGAUUUUGAGGGAGAGUGGGAAGGGGCAGGGGAUCUUUUUUGCUCCGAUUGUGCUUGGGGAUGGACAUGAGCCGAGCAGCAGCAGCGUCGGUGACGAAGAGGUGGAGGGACACGAGACCUCCGUCCAGGACGCCCAGAUGCGGUCGGGUUUGGAGGAUGAGAGAGUUGUGUUUGUUUCGGGGAAGGCUGGAAGUACCACCGGGGCUACGCCUGCUCCUGUCGACGUUUCCAACAUUGAUCCGGUCGCGAUGAUCUUGACCGAUGCUGCUGUUCUCGGUCACCACGCGGGUAGUCCCACCUUAAACAGGUCUGGCGGCGGAAGACCUACGACCGCGCCUCGUAAGUCGAGGAUCAACGACACGCCGAAGCAAGCUGGGAUUCAGCAGACGCCUAGUAUCACUUCGGGUCCGUUGCCGGCUGAUCGUGUGAAAGUCACCGAGGACACGAAUGGGAAUACGUUGUUAUCCUUUACGUAUUCGUUGCAGAGGCACAAGACGCUGUAUACCAUCCUCACCGAUAUAUCGUCCUGUCCGCCUCCGUCUGGGCUCUCGGAGGAUUUCAAGAAGGAUCAUUGUGUCUAUCCCAAGGCUGUGGUCAGUGAUGAGAGCGAGUAUAAAGGCGUGAGGUGGAGGUAUGAGACGGAGUGUAAUCGUCUUGCUUGGGGUUUGUGUUGGGUUAACCCGUGCCUCAGGGGCCGUCGUGGGUUAAUUCAACGUGCGGUCGAUUCGUGGAGGAACAAGGAACCUGGGAUGAGGAGUCGUAGGAUCAAGAAAGCUGCGAAGAGGAUGGCGGAUGAGGAGGACGAGGUUGGUAACCCGAAGAAGGCGAAGGUUGUGACGGAGUUGACGAAGAUCCCGGUGCUUGGGGGGGAUGUUGACCAACUUGGAUCAUGGGAGGCGCUGGCUGCUGGGAUUCCGGAGAGGGAGGUGGAGGUUGACACUGCUCUGGCAGAUGGAGCCGAGGAAGCCGAAGUGAUUAUGAAGACUGUUCACAAGAAGACUGGGCCAAAGUACCUUUUGAUGGCGGACCCGUUGAGGCCGGGUGCGAGGGUCAGGGUCAAGGUCUUGGUUUCGCACGUCAACUUGGUGGCCAUCCCCGAUGAUUUCCGCCGCAAGCACUGUCUCUUCCGCUCCGCUUUCGGGAUCAACCGCGAAGAUCUCGACGAAGUUCAGAAAGCUGAAUACGACCUUAAGAUGAUGUUCAACGAACUCGGCUGGCGUCUUGCCUGGGCCAAUAUCCGCGUUUUUGCCGAUAGGCCGUUGUAUUUGGCGAGGGCGGUUGAUAUGUGGAGGAGGAGGUUGGCGGAGGUUAGGCAGGAUCCUACCGAAGAUAUUGGCGGGAAGUUUGGGGAUUGGUUGAAAUUGGGGCCGCCAAGGACUGCGAAGGAGGAGUUUUUGAGCAGGAGGAGGCAUGAGAUGCGGGUCGAGUCUGAGGGGGAGGAUGAAGUUCGUUAAGAUUUUGGACUCUUGGUGAUGCGGGAAAUGGAGAGGUAGUCCUGAGGAAAAAAAAGGUUAUUGGUGUCUCCAUUCGGGGCUCGGUGCGCAGCGAGGAGUAAU